AUGACCAGCUGCCGCCACCACUCCGGAUACUUGGCGGAUGACGAGGCCGGCCACACCACGUACCUGGCUCGGGUGCAGCCACCUAAGAAGCCAGCAUUCCCAGAAAUGAGGCAAGCCUCCAAGCUGGGCCACAUGCCACACCCACCGUCAAAGUACAGCCCCAGCUCAGCGCUCCACAAGCACCACCGAAACUGGAGGGACCCUCGGCCCUUUGGUACAUUCCUGGAUUUCCUUGUCAAGGGCCAGGUGCUGGACAGCCUACAGACGGUGGUGGAUAAGGCAACUGAGCGCAUAGCCACCAUGAAGACAGAGGCUGGGGUGCCCCUGGUGGAGGUGCAGGACCCAGUGGAGGUGCCAGCAGGAGGGCGGCGGGUUCGUGCCAGGCCCAGCCUCAGUACCAUGCACCGACACCUUGUCCGGCCCAGCCUCUGCACUGGGAACCCCAACAACUACCCAUCCUGUUCCAGCUCCAUGUCCGAUUCCCAUAGCAACUUCACAGCUGGCUGGCACGGCUCCCAUAGCCGGGACAGCGACCUGGGCUACAACGGCUUGGGCCCACUGCCACCCAUGAAGGACAAACUCCUGCAGGAGAAGAGCCUCAAACGACUGUUGCAGCUGGAGAACAGAGGGAAAAGCCUGGGGCAGUUCUGCUCACAGCGGGACUCCCUGCUGUGGGACUCAAUGGGCAGCCAAUCCAGCAGCCAGUGGACCCCGGAGCAUCCCCUUUUGGGGUUCUCAAGCCUGCUGGGCUCAAGCUUGGGCACUCCUGAAGCGUCAGAGCUGGGGCCUGGAAAGCGGGAGCUGAUCUUCCUCAAGCAAGAGUUCAACAAGGAGAUCAAUUCCUUGCUGAGCCAGCCAGCUUCCCUCGACCUGCCUGGAUACUGUUCUCUCCGAGAGCCCCAUCGCACCCUGGACUUCCUGGCUGAGCACCACCUCUUCCCUGCCCUACAGAGAGUGGUCAGCCAGGCUGUGGACAAGCUCAGUGGCGCCUGCCUCCACAAUGGCUGCCCUCUCUUUCCGUCAGAAUGGGAGCCCACCACAAAGCCGAACUUGAACUCUGACUCGAACUCGGAAGUCACACCUGACUCCAAGUGGGCCACAACCGAUCAAGGGGAGGAGCGCUAUGAUUACCCGCUCCCCACCACUGCCUCCAGCCUCAGGAUGGUUCACAGAAAGAGCACCAAGUCCAGAGGAUGGGACAAGCCAAAGGAAGAUGUUUCUUCCAUGUCUAGUGACCAAGAGGCCACCAGAAUCAGGCUCAAGAGUCACAUCUUCACGAAGAAGAAGCCACUGCCCUCCAUCGCAUCCGAAUCCACUGUGUCCCACUUCUUCGAUCCCAGGUAUGAGGAGCUUGUCAACUACUUGAUGGAGCAGGCUGUCUCCUUGCUUGUCAGUAAGUAUAAGUUUGAGAGGAACCUCACCAAGCAGCUGGGCUUCAUCUCCUUCCCUGUCACUGAGACACUAAUGGACCUCUUCCUGGGCUUCAAGAAGGUGAAGGGCUCCCAUAUCCGCCUGUCCUCGAAGGUUGACUGGAGCUGCCUGCUGCACAAGCUGGAGGAGGCCCAGUGGGCCGGGCAGGUAUCCCGGCCAGUGUCUCAGUCCAUGUCCCUGAAGGCCUCCCAUCACAAGGCCUCCAAGCGCACUACCUCCCACAGUGGCACUACCCACCACAGCACCUCCCAGCACAGCACGGAGUCCCCCUCCACAUUGCCCAAGCCAGCCACUGUCGUGGAUCAGGAGGUGGCCGCAGAGCCCUGCCUCCACACUGAGUCGCUGGGCCCCCAGCUGUCCACCCCUCAGGAAAACAGUACAGCUGAGGAAGCAGUGGACAUGGGCGAGAGCCCGAGCAGUGAGAAUGAGGAGGAAGAGACUACAACUUCUUUGGGGGUGAGAGAUCCAGAGUCCCCCCAAGCCUCAAGGGGAGACCACUCGGCACACAGCCCUGGAGGCCCCAAUGAGGUCCCCUAA